CAGUAAGCUGCGGAACUAAACCUGGAGGACACUACGUGCUGAUGGGUUUAUGAUGGUUGCUAUCAUUCUCGACCAGGCCGAUGGGUUCAACGCCACGGGCUGCAUGGACACGGACUGCCAGGGCUUCGUCGGCUCCACGCCGCCGGCCAGCGUCUCCCCCGGAUCGACGGUGAUGCCCACGUCCGUCUACCACGGCAACCAGACCGAGUACACCGUCACCAUACUCCAGGUGGCCGGGAACUGGUCCGUCGUCGUGGACGCGUCGGGGGAGGACGAGACGGUCGGGUACUUGCCCGGCUCGCUGUUCACGGGCAUGGCGGGCCACGCGACGGUGGUCGGCUGGGGAGGCAACGCGCAGUCGUCGGCCGGCGUUGGGCCGCCGAUGGGGAGCGGGCACGGGCCGGACGAGGGGGACGGCGGCGCGGCCUACGUGGCCAGCAUCGCGGUGUACGAUUCCAAGGGGAGCGCCACCGCCCCGGCCGCCGGGAACGUGACGUCGCUCACGGACGCCGGAGACUGCUACGGUGCCAGCGAUUACGAGGUCGGAAAGGACGGCGGCGGGUUCUUCUAUUACGGCGGGCCUCAGGGUUGCAACCACUAGAAUGUCGUUGAGAUUAUGCGAGGGGUCACUCGAGACCAACAGUAGUCAUCAUGGGUGUUGAGACUAAGUGAAUGAUUUAUAUUUACACUUUAUCGAUC